AACAAAUACGUUCUCAUUGACAAUUUUUCUUUUCAUGAUUUCCAACUAUGGACUGAUUGUUGCAAAAACUUUUGAAAUUUUAUUGACAGUUAUGAAAUUUGAAAUAGCUGCACCAUCACAGAUCACAGAUAAUAACGUAGGGGACAUUAUAAACGUUGGAAUUGAUGCUGAUCUCAAUCUUAGCAACAAAAUCAAUGUUGACAAGUACAGCCUUGAUGUUUUGGUCAAGAACUUGCAAGCUAUUUUGCUUGGAGACAUUAAUUUGCCAAAUUUGAAUGAUGAUGACAGAUUCCCAGGACUUCCAACAAAAGGACUUGAAAUUUCACCAGAAUUAAUUCAAGCUUUCUUGAAAAAAAUGCAAAAAUAAUUUUAUUAAUAAAUUGAUAAAUAAAUAACAAAAAUUAUAGCUUA